GAGUAAAACACAAUCUUCGAUGGUUAAAAUCCACCGCCGGUUUCUUUAGUUUACACGCAACCACUGACGUAGGAAGAGCGUAUCGCUCGGUCAGACUUAUUAACACGUUUGUUGAUAUUGUUGUUGUCUUGGUAACAACGAAUCGAUAUAAUUUACCGUGCGAUUGUUGUGAAAUUUUUUUGAGUGACAUGAAACUUUUAUAAUUCGAUGGAUUUUUAUUUGUGUGGCAAAAUGAAAUUCGGACUUUUGUUUAUUUUUGUUGUUAUUUUGACUGUUUCUAAUGGGUUGGAACUGAUAAACGGCGCUUACGAAGAUUUAGUUAUCAAAGUUUCUGAUAAUGUACCACAAGGUGACUGCGCGACCAUUUUGGCCAACCUCGAGAAUACUCUCACCACAGCUUCCCAAUACAUGUUCUCAGCAUUAGACAGCCGCGCAUAUAUACGAUCAGCUACCGUGUUACUUCCGGUAACAUGGCCAGAUUCCUGCGUUUCUUCAUCCAUAUCAUCCUCUUCAGGCGAAAUAUCCGAUGUUACCGUCUCACCCAGCGAUCCAGUAAGAGGAAAUAUUUGGACCCAACAAUCGUUAGGAUGCGGACAACCUGGCGAUCAAAUAUACAUAGGAUACGAGGGGCUAUUGAAAAACAACAAUAAUUUAGGACGGAUAUUAGUGAAGGAAUUCGCUAAAUAUCGCUACGGAGUAUUCGACGAAGAAGGUUACCAAACCGAUUCGGUCUACCCAAUCUGUUACUACGACGAUGAAACGAAACAAAUAAAAGUCACCGGAUGUUCCGAUUUACCGAUAAAAGACAACGGCGUUUGUUCCGAUAAACAUGCAGCUUACAAUAAAACAUUGAUGAUGGACGAAAAAGCUCGAUCUAGUAUAAUGUUUGCACCGGAAAACCCCUCAGUGUCAAUGUUCUGCGACGAGGGAAACCAUAACCGAUUAGCUCCCACGAAACACAACUUUUUCUGCGAAAGAAGGAGCGUACUAGACGUCAUUAUCAACCAUAAAGAUUUUUUGAAAACCAACCGAAACCUCGUAAACGGCAAUCAAAUCACCGACACAACACCGAAGAUCGUCUACAAGAAACAAAACAUCACCAGAUACGUUUUCGUCAUUGAAAACUCCAAGGAUAUGAUGCAGAGAGAAUCUUGGAGUUAUUUACGUCUAGCUUUGAGGCAGUGGGCGAGAUACGUUUUACCCGAUAAUACAGAAAUCGGUAUGGUACUAUCCGAUCCCGUUCAGUCAGUACGAGCUUUAAAUAUAGUCCCGGCCAAAGUAACAAUAGACAGAUUCGGGAAUAAUAACCGCGACAAAUUCUAUUCCUCUUUACCUUACACGCCUAACGAAAGUAUGCAACCGGUUUGUUUACAUUGCGCAAUCGCCGAAGCCAUGACCAUGUUAAAAGAACGUACUAAAACAGAUGGCGUUGCUAAUAAUGUAAUCGUAGUAGUUGCCACCGGAACGACGAUAGAUAAACGUUUAAAAACCACCAUAGAAGAACUGAAAAAAUUCAAAAUCAAACUAGCUACGAUCAAUUAUCCGGAUAUAUUGAGACCGGACGCAUUAGGUUAUCUGGCCAGGGAAACCGGUGGAUACGAUUACACGAUUUUCGAAGAUAAAUUGAACGUGGAUACGACUUUGCUCACCACUUAUUUCGAAUUGCAUAACGUUCUUUACGAUAUAGUUUUGAAAUUCGGCGCUAGAAGUCAAGUCGAUUUACCGAUGGAGAUACAUAGGAAGGUGAUUAGCGACGACGGGAGGACCUCGGUGACGGGUAGUUUCAUGUUGGAUCCGAAUAUGGGGGAGCCGGCACAAUUUACGCUUUAUACUCACAAUACGGUGACUCCUUUGAUUAAAAGUUUGAAACUGAUCAGUCCCAGUCAUCAGAUUUAUUCGAGUAGGAACGAUAAGUUGAUCGAUUUCAAAAUGAUUACGUUGAACGCCAACAUUUCCGAGACAGGUACAUGGACUUAUAUAGUCGAACCGUAUCCGGGAAAUCCUCAACCACAUUUUAUCCAAGUAACGGCGACGCCCAAAUCCAUUUUCGCUCCCGUAGUUACGGUUAAAUUCAGAACGCACCGCAACGUACCGCACGGACCUCUCCUACUAUUAGCCGAACUGAAAUACGGUGAUUCCCCAAUUCUAAGCGCAAAAGUCGAAGUAACCAUAACGAAACCGGGCGUCAACGGCUCAUUACCUCUAAGAACUAAAAUAGAAUUAUUAGACACCGGUUCCGGAGAUCCUGAUAUCACCAAAGGCGACGGUAUAUACACGAAAUACUUCAGCGCUGCCGAAUGGGGACCUGGCUUAUACAAUUUUGAAGUUAUGGCUACCGAUAAUGGUAAUACGGCUUAUACUUGGUCUAGUACUUCGAAAAUUAAUGCUGAUUCUUGUUGCGGUACGUCGGUGAUGUCGAACGGAGUCGUACCGUUGGCUCCUUUUCAACGUUUCAUUUCGAAAACUUCGAUGGUAGCAACCGCAGAAGACGUAACCGUAGCCGGUCAGGUACCAGCCGGACGAAUCGGCGAUUUAAAACUUCAAAUAAUACCGGACGAAUUGAAAGUUCGUUUAUCUUGGACGUCACCUGACAUGGGAGGGGAUUCGGUUUCGCAUUACGAGAUCAAAUACGCCAAAUCUGUUACGGAUAUCAUAGAUAGAUACGAGACCGUCGGUAUAUUAUGGGAUCAAGGACAACCUUUCCCUCUAUCGGCAGGAUCAGAAACUACAUUCACUUUGGAUUUUAAUAACAAAAAAAAUCUAUUGGAUCAAACUUUAUAUUUCGCGGUUAAAUCGUAUUCGAAAACUACCAACGAUAUAUCGGGACCGAUAUCGAAUUGGGUUAGGGUAUUUAUACCGUCCCCGCCACCACCACCUACCGUACCACCCCCGUAUUCAACUAACGAACAUUCAAUAUGGCCGAACAACGCACCGGAAAUCGAUACCGCAGGACCGAACAUCGAAAAUAUGUCAAUAGGAUUAGAACUUAUCCUACCGGUGGUAAUAGGACUCGUACUACUCGUCGUCCUAUUAAUAACCUAUUGCUAUUGCUGCGUAAUGAAGAAAAGAAAUAGAGAUAACAAAAAAACGAUAAAAAAAGAAAACAUAAAUUCGAAUAUAACGAUAAUACCGCAAAAUAAUUCGAAUCAUUCGACUCAAAGUUAUAUCGGUAACGAUAUACCGGACCCGCAUCAAAUCGGCGUACCGAUCAAUAAUUACGCCUACGAGGACGAUACGAAAAAACGUUAUUCCCUCGUAAAUCAACAGGAACAUCAAUUAAUCGAAGAAUUAAAACAACAUCAACAACAACGCGACGCUAAUUACGAGGGGGUCAGUAUAAUAUCGAGGAACCAACAGAUUUUGAGUCCUUUUAAUUCUUGGACGGCGUCGCAAUUGUUGCACGAACACGAAAGGAGACGUAGUCCGAUGGAUAAUCACGAACAACACCAGGAGAUGAUGUUGAAUGGCGAACAAGGAUUGAUACCGCCGCCGGUACCUCCUCUACCGCUAUUCGGCGGCGAUAAUAGAUUUAAUUAUGAUGUGUACGAAGUGCAACCGCAUCCGAUUUACGCGUCGAUGCAUCGAAGAGAACCUUUUAAUCAAAGUCUACAGGGUUCUGUUAGUUCGGUUAAUUCCGGUGAGAAGAAGAGGAGGAACGUUACGAUGGUGUAACGAGAAGUUAUUGUUCGAGUGAGGACUUAUCAAAGUGUAAAUAGAAUGUAAAUAAUGUGAAUGGGAUUGGACAAAAAUUGACUUACGUCAAGUGAAAUGACUAGUUUUCUACUUUAUCGACCUUUAAAACUAUAUUUUAUUAAUGAAAAGUGACGUAGGUCGAUAAAUUUUGGUGAUAGAGUGACUAAUUCUCCUUUUUACCGACUCUUGACACGAUAUGACGUAUGGCAGAUAAUUUUACCGAUAAAAUGCUUAGAUUUCUACUUUAUCGACGAUUAAAAUAUUCUGUUAAUGAAAUGUGACAAAUGUCGAGAUAUUUGUGUGCUAAAGUGACUAGUUCUUUAUUUCACCGACGUUUGUGUGUCAGAUAAUUCUACCGAUAAACUAACUAGUUUCAUUCCUUAUCAACAUAUAAUAAAUUAAUUAAUAAAUACACAAAUGGCUAAAUUUGUAGUUCUCUGCCUUACCGGCUCUGGAAAUAUUUUGAAUGAAAAAUGACGUAUGCCUUUGUUGACAUAUCUAAUUUUCUUUCUUAUCGACAUUAAUUUGUAUAUAAAAAUGACAAAUAACGUGAAUGUUUACAUUCAUUUCUAGUUCUCUUUCUUACCGACGUUUCAACCCUUAUUAUGUAAAUAGAAAGUGACAUAUAUCAACAAAUUGCAUAAUUUCUCUCUUUAUCGACGUUUAAAAUGUAUUUAUUUGAUUUUAAAGUGACAUAUGUCGAAAACAUUGUUCUGUUGAUAAAAUGUAACAUAUAUCGAAUAAUUGUAUUUUCUGGAAUGACUAGUUUUCCUCUUUCCCGACGUGGGGAUACGAAGGGUUCAUAAUUUUUUUUGAAAAUUGUAAAUAAAUUACUACUAGUCAAAUUAUUUGCCUGUAUUGGAGCCAGUACGUAGAUUUUAGUGUUUGUAAUCUUAUCAGAUAUAAGCAGUACAAUAUUAUUUGUAAAUUAAGACUGAUCUCGCACAAUCCAUGAAUGAAAUUUCGAAUUUUGACAUUUUACUUAAUUAUGUGCUGUUAAUUUAGAUGUAAAUAUAUAAAUGUACAAAUUUUAUUAGUAACAUUUCUUUUGUAUAUAUCUAUGUGAAAUAUAGAAUGUGUCUUGUAUAAA